AUGCCACUUGGUAUGUCUCCCUAUCGAAUUGUGUAUGGGAAAGGAUGUCACCUACCGGUGAAAUUGGAGCACAAGGCCUAUUUGCUCUACAAGGAGAAAACAAAACGAUGGCAUGAUGCUCACAUCUCACCCAAGACUUUUGACGUAGAAGCCUUUGUGUUGCUCUAUAAUUCGAGGUUGAGAUUGUUCCCGUGCAAAUUGAAAUCCCGGUGGAGUGGACCUUUCAAGAUCCGGCAUGUAGCGGACCAUGGAGCUUUGGAAUUGGAGAACCAAAAGGGAGAAACGUUUAAGGUCAACAGACAUCGUUGUUAG